UCACAAAAUGAAGGCUUUAAGCACACUGUAUUACAUUAUACCAUUAUUGACGUUAUAUUUUUCCAUGGAAAAAGUGAAUAUCUUUUCUCCGUUCAAAACUAAUGACUGGCACCAAAAUCCCGCUGGUAUCGUAAAAAUAAUCCAACGAUAUACUGGUGUUUGUGAAACCCAUCACCUACAAACCGACGAUGGUUACAUUUUAACCAUGUUCCAAAUACCAAGACGAAACCCCAAAGGUGUGAUCCUCCUCCAACACCCCAUUUUCUUUGAUUCUAGAAUAUGGGUCAGUCAAUACAAUAAUUCCAUCGCUUUCUUGUUUUGGAACGCAGGCUACGAAGUUUGGUUGGGAAACACCAGAGGAAACUUUUUUUCCAAGAAACAUACAAACCUUUCAUCCACAGAUCCAGCCUUCUGGAAUUUUACUUUUCACGAAAUGGGUUAUUACGACAACCACGCCACAAUAGAGUACAUUAAAAGAAACACGUCACAGUCAAAAAUCAUCUUUGUGGGGUAUUCUAUGGGUGGUACCUCUGGGUUCGUUUAUGCUAGUACUAGACCAGAGGAUGCCUCUAGAUCAGUGAAAGUUAUUAUAACCAUGGCUGCUGUUACUCACCUUUCUAGAGGGACUUCAUUUUCCAAGUAUAUCGUGCCUCCGUUUUUUUUCUUGCAGCGAAAUUUAAAAUUUGUGGACGCUUAUUUCACGGUACUGCGAUACGACUCUUGGUAUUUGAGGCUAGUGCGAUCUUUGUUUGCAGCUUUUCCUUGUCGGAAGUGUAUUAUUUAUGCUAAUGGAUUAAUAUCUGGAUGGACUCCAGAUGAACUGGAUCCUGACUUGGUAGAUGAGCUAAUGCAAGUGUUUGGUUCUGAAGUUCCUCUUAAGAUGUUCGAUCAUUAUAAUCAAAUAUAUAUAUCUGGGGGGGAGUUUCGCAUGUACGAUUAUGGAGAACGGGAAAAUGUCCACCUGUAUGGAACCAAAAAGCCGCCUUGGUACCCUCUGGAAGACAUUAAAGUACCCAUUUUUUUGAUGUAUGGUCAAAAUGAUAGCUUCAUUUGUCCGAAGAAACAAAACAACACUUGCAAGAGUUAUCUAAGUUAUUUCAAUAUAUUUUUCAGCAGCGAUUGUUACCAUAACCCCGACCAAGACGACGACAUUUUGGGUAUUAUCCAACGACACGUUGGAGUGCACGAAACUCACGAAGUCCAAACGGAUGAUGGUUAUUUUUUGACGCUUUUUCGAAUACCGCGCCAAAAUCCUAGAGGGGUGAUUUUUUUCCAACACCCUCUGACUACAGAUGCACGAGUAUGGGUUGGUCAGUAUAACGAAUCUGUUGCUUUCUUAUUUUGGAGGGCGGGUUAUGACGUUUGGUUGGGAAAUAUACGGGGGAGUCAUUGUUGCAAGAAACAUGUCAGUUUAGACCCUACAGAAGCUGCCUUUUGGAAUUUUAGUUUUCAUGAAAUAGGUUACUACGAUAAUCAUGCCAGCAUUGAAUAUGUUAAACAACAAACAGGUGGAUCUAAAAUCAUCUAUUUGGGGUACUCAUUGGGUGGUACUAGUGGUAUGGUGUAUGCUAGCACUAGAGAUAAAGAGGCAGCUGAUUCUGUUAAAAUGAUGGUGGUAAUCACCCCUACUACUCAUCUUCAAUUAAGUUGUACCAGUUUGUUGAAGUAUCUACUCUUCAUAUCUUACAAUUUACAAGGAGUCGUGAGUUUAGCAGAUCCACUUUUUGUUUUCAAUCAACAAGACGCUUGGUACGCGAAGAUUGGGAGAUUUCUGGUAACACAUUUUCCGUGCAAGAAAUGUAUGUUAUAUUUCUCGUAUUUGUUUGUUGGGUUUUCUGAAGAUGCCUUCGAGCCAGACUUGAUAAAUAUGUUCGUCCGAGUACAUAUGUCUGAAUAUCCUUUAAAAAUGUUAUACCAUUACUAUCAGAUGUACGUUGUGGAUGGAAUAUUUCAAAGGUAUGACUAUGGAGAGGAAACGAACCUACUACUAUAUGGUACCAAGGAACCAACAUCGUACCCCUUGGAAAAUAUAAAAGUGCCUGUAUAUAUCGUGUCCGGAGCCAAUGAUAAUCUCGAUUGUCCUAAUGCAAUUGAAAAACUAUACAACUUGUUGCCGAAAAAUUCCACCGCACAUGGGAAACUGAUGGUUGAAGGUUUCAAUCAUUUGGACUAUGCAUAUGGACGCUACCGUAACGAAAAAGUCUAUUUCAAGAUCCUACAACUCCUCGACAAGAUACAUCUAGACGACCAAAAUUGUCUACACUAAACGAGAAGCUGAUAUUUGUUUUGUAAAGUGUAUAUUCAUUGGUUUUUGGACUUACCAGAAAUAACCAAAGUAUUUUGGGGAAUUCCUUAU